AGCGCUAAUGUAAAUUGUAAACGCUCUCCCUUUCCAUCAAAACUCGUUUCGUGAUUUUGUUUCCGUGCCACUCAUCACGGAUUCCUCUCAAUCAGAGUUUCGGGAGCCUUUUCUUAAUGCCAGGUCCAUGCAACUCGAAAAAGAAGAAAAAGGCAAUUGCGAAAAAGAACAAGAAGAAGACAUCAGCUAUUCAAGCUACGGCUCCUCCGGAACCUCCUCUCGUUCACGAAGUUGAGCCACCUCCAAGCGACAUUGUCUGUGUUGCCCAUGAGCCUCCACCUAAACCACCUGCUCCGCAUGUCCAGGAAUUCCAUGAAGAAGUACUACCAAUCAUCCACGAUCCCGGAAACGGUCCGCGAGUUCGCGACGUCCGGGGUUUCCUAACUUCAUUUUUUGCCCAGCCUCCUUCACUGGAAGACCCUCUAUGUGCGGAAUUCUCACAGGAGGAAGUCCUUCAGAUGCUUUGUACCACGCUGCCGGAGGAAACCGCCAUAGUCCUAUGGUACAAUAAAAGCCGUGCUACUAGUCGCAUUUGUCCAUCAUGCAGGCGGCUUUAUCGCCUCGGUGAUAUCUUGCCAGACCUCACUGACGAUGGCGAAAACCGUAUCAACGAAACCCGUUCACCUCUACUCGCCCGGGAACAGGAGAUAUCGGGUCUUUGUUCUCCUGUCUGCUUCAUCGUUGCGUCAUUCGAGUAUCCAAGUGCAAUUAAAACGACUUGGGGUCGAACCGCAGAUGAAAUAGAUGACUUUACAUGGGACCUUCUCAAUGGUCCUGGAGAUGGACAGGGCGACAAGGGGCUCAGUCUCUUACUCAAAAUGGCGCGAUUGCCUGACCUUGGCUUGGGGCAGCUCUGUCUACCUGACAUCGACUUCGAUGCUGAACCUGAGGAUCAAAUUCACUGCAAGGAAAAUUAUGAACGGGACAAAUUUUCUUAGAAGAUCUACUGUUCUGCUGCAUAUUCACAUCAUUCAUACCAUCUGGAUCACGGGUCUGUGUACUAUUUAUGUGUGUCAAGACUCUAUCAUCAUUAAAUUAGUUGGGUUAAUGCUGGCCCUGGAUGAACCAUCGCUAAAGAGACCCAAAAAAGACUGUAUGUUUGUUGUGUAUAAGACGGGCCGUUGCAUCGUGGGUUUGUUGAGGUGGUGGUUAUGUCAGCAAGAGUCCGUGCCCUAUUCUCACGGUUGUUAGGUGGCUGGCCUUAUACAAGGCUCCCACCCGCCAAACAUCCCCUCAGCCAACCUUGCCUGUAUAGCUGUACUGUGGUCCUCACCCG